AGAAGAUUAUAUAUAAAAAAAAAACAGAGUGUUCGCUCGUAAACAAACAAGAAAAUGGCUAGAAUCAGAGCUUUGAUUAUAAUCUUCUUCAUUUCCGUCUCUCUUGCUUCAUACUCAACAGCUAGGAAAUUUCCAGUAGGUAUUCCGUCGGUUAUCGAUGGCGUCAUCUUCUCCGGAGAGAUCCCUGUUGUCUCCAAGACGGCGACGGUGGUAGGGUGCGACGGCGAGGAUCAUCACUUCACGGCGGAAUUUUCUUCGUAUGUCACGGGGAAAUACGGGUCGUUGGUGUUGAACGCUCUUCCAAAAGGGUCGGUUCCGCCGUCUGGACCCAGCAAGAGAAUCAACGACGUCAAGACUUAACCAAACUAUUAUCUUUGACCGUUUGACGUCACACGGUUUGACUUCAAAAUCACGUAUGAGUAUGACAAUUUUUUUUUUUAGAUACAACUAUUCUUUAUUUUUAGAAAUUUAUCUUGUUAAUAUCAAAUACAAUACUCGUGUUACUAUUGAAAGUAAUAUGUUUGAAUUUGAACUUUUUGUUCUUUAGAAUCGAAAUGAUGAAGAAAUUAUGUAUUUUGGCCUCUGAGCGCUCUUAAUUAAUUUGAAGGCUUUGUA